AAUCAACGAAUAAAUUUGCAAUUCUUUUUUCAAUUUUGAUUCUAUCCAACCACAGCAAGCACGGCUUGAGCCUACUUUUUCGAGGACAAAUAUCUCCCUGCCCUUAGCUUAGCCCUCAAGCGAAUCAUUCUCCCAACUCCAGGGAUAAUAUCGUAUUUUCAUCAUAAUUUCACCUCCUUCCCCGCUUAUGAUACGAUACCUAUCUCCGUCCAUUUCACAAUCGCCCCCAUAAUCAUCCAAAAUUCCUUUUAGAUCCUUGAACAAUGGCGACUCUCUCCGCCUACUCUCCUCCAUGGCCAAAUGCAAACCCUAACGGUACCCUUCUUUCUCCCCAAGAUACCGCCGAAGGACUCGACUCACAGUCACAAUCCCAAUCUUACGACUCGCUUUCUCCAAUUAUGCCUCAAGAUCAUCUUACGGAUCAGCUAUCUCCGGUUAAUUCUAACCCCAAUUAUCAUGCUCCUGUGUCUGUGUCUUCACCGCCUGAGUCCACCUUCCCGACCGCGCCAGUUUCUCUACUUCACCUCUCAUUCAAUCAGGAUUUUGGGUGUUUCGCGGCGGGUACGGACCACGGGUUUCGCAUCUAUAACUGCGACCCAUUCCGGGAGAUCUUCCGCCGGGACUUUGAUCGCGGCGGCGGCGGGAUCGGUGUCGUUGAGAUGCUUUUCCGUUGUAAUAUAUUAGCUCUUGUUGGCGGUGGUUCUGACCCUCAGUAUUCUCCUAACAAGGUUAUGAUAUGGGACGACCAUCAGAGCCGCUGCAUCGGGGAGCUCUCGUUCAGGUCUGAGGUUCGAUCAGUGAAGCUUAGACGAGAUAGAAUUGUUGUGGUCCUGGAGCAGAAGAUUUUUGUGUAUAAUUUCGCGGAUUUGAAGCUGUUGCAUCAGAUUGAGACGUUUGCAAAUCCCAAAGGGCUCUGUGCAGUGUCGCACGGGGCGGCUUCAUUGGUGUUGGUUUGUCCAGGUUUGCAGAAGGGCCAGGUUAGGGUGGAGCAUUACGCAUCGAAACGGACCAAGUUUAUUAUGGCACAUGAUUCGAGGAUUGCCUGUUUUGCUCUCUCGCAGGAUGGGCAGUUGCUGGCCACUGCCAGCACGAAGGGAACCCUGGUUCGGAUUUUCAACACGGCUGAUGGUACUCUGCUUCAAGAGGUAAGGAGGGGUGCAGAUAGAGCAGAAAUUUAUAGUUUGGCAUUCUCCUCAUCUUCGCAAUGGCUGGCAGUCUCAAGCGACAAGGGCACUGUCCAUGUUUUUAGCCUUAAGAUUAAUCCUGGAUCCCCAAGGAGUGAUAAGUCACGAAAUACACCUGAUCUUAAUUCUGCUGUUAUAUCUCCCACCUCAUCGUUGUCCUUCUUUAAAGGUGUUUUGCCGAAGUAUUUCAGUUCAGAGUGGUCAGUGGCUCAGUUUCGUCUAGUUGAGGGUUGUCAGUAUGUUGUUGCUUUUGGUCACCAAAAGAACACAUUGGUAAUUCUUGGCUUGGAUGGAAGCUUCUAUCGAUGUCAGUUUGACCCAGUGAAUGGUGGAGAGAUGACCCAACUGGAAUAUCACAACUUCUUGAAGCCAGAAGCCGCCUUCUGAAAGGACGUUUAUGUUUUCAAUUUCUUGGAGACAUGCAUAUAACUUGUAUUUUUCAUCUCUUUUCUUUUCGGCGUUUCCCUCUAAUUAACUUAAUCUAGAAAUGGCUGCAUUAUGCUGCCUGUAAAUAUGUAACUAUGGAUGUGUAAAGCAUGUUAAGAAAAAGAAAAGGAGAAAAAAUGAAAAGAAAAAUGAGAGAUGUAAAAUGUUAUUACAUUUCUAUUUUAACAUGAGAUUACGUUAUAAUUUUCAUUCACUAUAAAUUGAGCUAGAAUGUGUUGGAGGCA